CUGUCAAACGCGAGUCGCAAAAUUUCCCCGCAUGUGUUGAUCGCAAAUUCGUCGGUUGAAAUCCGCACCGGUGCUGCGAUUUCCUUCGGUUUCCGCGUCCUAAUCUUGGUCGCAAUCGUUCCAAUUGGUGUGGAAAGUUUGAAUAAGGAUCGUUAGUGUUAGAAAAGCUACAAAAUGCAGCAGGACGAGAUUGUAUGGAGUAUCAUCAGCCGGCAGUUUUGCUCGUACAUGGUGAAAACCCAGACGCAGAACUUCUGCCGCAACGAGUACAGUCUGACGGGUUUGUGCUCGCGCAAGUCCUGUCCCAUCGCCAACAGCCAGUAUGCCACAAUCCGGGAGGAGAACGGUAUCAUCUACCUGUACAUGAAAACGGCCGAACGGAACGCGUUUCCGGCGAAGCACUGGGAGAAGGUCAAGCUGUCGCGUAACUUCGAGAAGGCCGUCCACCAGAUCAACGAGAAUCUGCUCUAUUGGGAUCGGUUCGUGCGGCUCAAGUGCAAACAGCGAUUCACCAAGAUCACGCAGUAUCUGAUCCGGAUGAGGAAGCUGAAACUGCGGCGACAGAAGAUGUUGGUUCCGCUGUCGACGAAGGUGGAGCGGCGCGAUCGACGACGCGAGGAGAAGGCACUGGUGGCAGCCAAGAUCGACAAUGCCAUCGAGAAGGAACUGAUGGAGCGACUGCGGAAGGGCGCCUACCAGGACAUUUACAACUUCCCGCAGACGGCGUUCAACAAGGCGCUGGAAGCGGAAGAAGUUGAGGAGGAGGACGAAGCGGAGGCCGAAAGCGAGGUGGAAGAGGAGCUGGAGAAGGAGAUGGAGAUCGACGACGAGGUGCAGAAGGAGCUGGAUAUGGAUGACGAGUUUGUGGAGGGUGAUUCGGAGGAUGAUGACGAUGAGGAUGAAGAAGAGGACGAGGAUGAGGAUCUUGAAGAUGGCGAAGAGGAAGAAUCGGACGCGGAAAGUGAAUCCGGUGUUAGAGAACGGGUUGAGGUGGACAGUGAUUUCGAGUCGUCCGAGGAUGAGGAUAUUGAGGACAUCGCCCCGAAGGUCACACCCCGUUUGCCGAAGAAAGCAACGAAACCGUCGACCAAAGCCGCCGCUCAGCAAGGACCCAGCACCAGCACCAGCGCAACGAAGAAGAAACCGAAGAAACUGCGCAAACCCCACCUGGAGAUCGAAUAUGAAGUGGAAACCGCACCAACGAGGCAUCGGUUACAUAAAUGAGGUACGGUCGUCGUCGACGAGGGCGAUAAUUGGUAGAAGUGUUAAACAUAAUAAAAAAGUUCAAUGGAUAAGUAUAUUUUAUGUGGACGGGAAAGAACACGUUCUUUCCGCUUGCGCUGCUGAUUGCAAACAACAAAGAAAUAAAUUUCGAGGAGACGCAAAAAUUGUGCUGCAGGCUCUUGAAAA